AUGACUUCCCUCUUGGAUAUGGUAUCCGAUUUUGCCGGAUUUCAAUACACCCCAAAAUUCAAAUCCGCCACGACCCCGCCCACUCCAAUCAAUUCUGGAGCGAAUACUCCCGUUCGAAAAAUGUCAGAACCUUCUGGAAAUUCUAAAAACUAUCAUGAAAUUGAAAAUAGGCGACAUUCGGUGAUAAUCACUGUUGGAGUGAACAAAUCCUCCAACUUCCCCGAACUCCAGCGACAGCGGAUAACCGAGUAG